AUGACUUCAACUAUUCGAGAACUAGCUACACAGAUCCUUGCCCUCUGCACCCAACUUGAACAAACCUGCAAUGAAGCUGAUAUCCCCCCUCCGUCACUCUCCGCAGACACCGAAAGUACAUUCUGGUCUGAUUCUGAGAUAACAGCUACACGAAAUACAGCUCUUGGUCUCCUGGACGAGCUAACGUUGCUCAUACAAGGCCCACAAGAAUUUCUACAUGAGUUCGUCGCCUCCCACUGGGACCACGGGGCGCUAUAUGCGUUCCUCCACUCACAGACCCUGGAGCAUAUAGCCCGCUCUGGGAGGGCAUCUAUUGAAGACCUCGAAUCUCAAUCCGGUAUCUCAGCGGACAAACUUGUUCGGAUUCUUGGGCUACUUCGGUGUCGGCGCAUCAUUGAUGAGCCCGAAACGGGUGUCUAUACUUUGACUGCUGUGUCGAAAGAGCUAACCAAAGACAGUGACUCAAGGGCGUGUUUGGAGUUCCAAUUAUUCGAGACGCGUAUUGCGAGUGCGCAUUUGGCGGAUGCUUUGGCGCGGAAGCCGAAUGGGUAUGUCGACGGUGUAUCGGCGUUCAAAGAGGGAUUUGGCAUGGAGAUGUACGACUGGCACGCUUGCCAUCCUGACAAGGGAGAGCGUUUUCGUCGUGCUAUGAGGGGAGUCUCGCGCGCCCUUGAUCCUGCGGAUUCCCUAAUCGAGGGCUAUAUCCAACAGCACACGCCCAUCACCAAGACCAAGAUCGUCGAGAUCGGAGGCCGCUAUGGCUUCGCCUCUGUCUCCCUCGUACAGAAACACCCAGAACUCUCAUUCGAAGUCCGCUCCGACUCUCAAGACUUCCUCGACCGCGGCAGCGCACAAGUCUCAUCUUCUUGUCGGGAACGAAUAUCCUUCAGGCAUUGCCAGUCACUUUUCGAUUCACCCCCCACGUGCGAUGCGCAUACGGUAUGGCUAUACGUUAUUAGGAAUUUGCUGUGGAAUUGGUCUGAUACAGACGUUGUGAGAUUGAUGAGAGCUAUUAAGCAAGGAGUGGGUGCAUCUACCCGUAUCUUGGUUACGGAUGGAGUAUCUCCCGUGUCAUCGCAGUUCCCACUACAAGAGGAGAUGGCGUAUCGACGGAGGGAUAUUACGACUAUGAGUAUGCAUAACGUGAAGCAGAGGACACAGGAGGAGUGGGUAGGGGUGUUUAAACAGGCUGCCCCGGGUGUACGGGUGGAGACAACGUUUGCGAGAAGUUCGCAUGUCUAUAAGGGUAUGUGGGAGAUCAGCUUUGUCGAUGAAUGA